ACGACACCCCGAUCGAGAACUCCGAUGGCGCCCACCUCCCGCAUCCUGCUCUGCAGGCACUCGCAGGCCGAGCACAACGUCGACCUCGACUACAGCAUCCCCGAUGCGCCCCUGACGGCCCUGGGCAAGAAGCAGUCGGCGGCGCUGCAGAAGCAGAUUGCCGGCCUGUAUGACUCGGUCGACGUCGUUGUGUCGUCGCCGCUCCGCCGCACGCUGCAGUCGACCAAGCUCGGCUGGGGCCCUGCCGUCGAGCGGCUCGGCGGAAUUUCAAAAGUCGUGUGCCUGCCCCAGGCGCAGGAGUGCAACGACUUUCCCUGCGAUACAGGCUCGCCGCGCCAGGAGCUCGAGAGCCUCGACGAGUUCAAGGGCUUCAACCUCGAGCUGCUCACACCAGACUGGACCUCGAAGCAGGGCUUCUACGCCCCGGACCGCGCCACGAUUGCCAAGCGCGCCCAGUGGGUACGGCAAUUUCUCCGUGGAAGACCAGAGCACACCAUCGUCCUCGUCGCCCACGGCGACAUUCUCCGCCAGAUCACUUCAACCGCCGAGGGACCAUCGACGUACCAGUGGAAGAACGCAGAGGUGCGCGAGUUCCGCUUCAACAAGGCCUGGGUGGACAAGGACGAGUGCUUCCUCGAGCAGGAGCACGACAUUGCUGCAGCUGGCGGAUACGAGGCAACGAGCACAGAGAUGGACCUGUAGAGGAUGCGCAUGACUAGAGUAGAAGACAAAAUGUAUCAAAUUGCAACAGAGGGGAUCUUCUAUCCCCGAUGAACGCCGCCCAUGCUGACAAGGACCUGCUUCUGUGGCU